UAAUUAAUUAGAAAUAUGGGGAAGAAAGAGCCGAUACCUGAUGUUACUUCUGAAAGUAAAAGUAACGGCGUCAAACAAAGCAAAACUAACGGGACAACCAAUGGGACGACCAACAGUCAUCCUGUUGUAAGAUUUUCCGAGAAAGAAGAUCCAUAUGAAAGAGAUAAAUUGCAUUCAAAGUACUGGAGAAGUCUGCAGUCGCUCAAGCCAGUAAGACUUACAAAGAGAAAAUGUCCUGCACCGGUGGAUAAUGCGAAUGUGUUUUCAUUUAUUACAUUUUCUUGGUUAACCCAAACAAUAGUAGCAGCCAAGAACAACCUUACACCAGAAGAUAUUCCACCGCUUUCAAAAUAUGACGCGUCGCAAUCGUCGUCAGAAAGGCUCUAUCGGCUAUACGAUGACGAAGCAAACAAAAUCAACGGAGUGCCGUCGAUAAGACGGGCAGUGUUUCGCUACAUACGGACACGAAUGAUUGCAUCUUCAAUUGCUGUAACCAUAUCUGUCACACUUGCUUUUGCCGGACCGGCAUUUUUGGUUAGUCGGCUAAUUGGAUUUUCGGACCAAGUAAAUCCGUCUGUUGGAUAUGGAAUUGGACUCGUAUGUGGUUUAGGUUGCACUGAGUUUGGAAGGUCGCUUUUAUUCGCAACUUUUUGGGCAAUCAACUACAGGACGGCAAUCAGAGCACGGGCUGGUGUUCUUACCAUGGUUUUUAAAAAGAUCGCCCGACUUCGGAGUUUAAAAGACAAGUCUGUUGGCGAGCUCGUGAAUUUGCUGGCCAACGAUGGACAACGCUUAUCUGAGAUGAUAAUGUUUGGAGGCAUAUUGAUAGGAGCUCCUUUCAUGUUGAUCGUCACUACUAUAUUUUGCUGUGUCUACCUGGGGUGGACUGGCUUAAUUGGAAUCUUAUCCUUCGUCAUGUUCAUGCCAUUUCAGAUGUUCCUUGGUAAGAUGAUGGCAAAAUAUCGAAGAGAAACCAUCCAGAUAACCGACACACGAGUCCGUAUGAUGAAUGAGAUAUUAACUUGUGUGAAACUUAUAAAGAUGUACGCUUGGGAAGUCAGUUUUGCUAAAUCCAUAGGCCGGAUAAGAGAGAAUGAACGCACGUUGCUCCGAAAAGCAAGUUUUAUCCAAAGUUUGCAAGUCACCGUGAUUCCAAUAGUUCCGGUCGUUUCAACCGUGUUGACAUUCCUCGUUCAUACUUUAUGUGGAUAUCCCUUGAAUGCUACAAAGGCGUUUACGAUUAUAUCCGUGUUCAAUGCUCUGAGAUUUAUACUCGCUGUUCUACCACAAGCAGUCAAAGCAAUGGCUGAGGUAUUUAUAACGUUCAACCGAAUAGACGACUUGUUAACAAUGGAAGAAAUGGAAGAAUAUUUCAUCCCCACUGCUUCUACUAACAACGCUGUAGAGUUUACCAACCUCACAACAGCAUGGGAUGUCGUGGAAAAAGAUGAUACGAGUGAUUCUGACAGCGUUGAAUCUUCAAAGACAGAAAACAUGGUUGACGUUCUGCAUAACCUGGAUCUGAUAAUUCCCAAGAAAAGCUUGCUGGGAAUUUGCGGUUCAGUUGGUAGCGGUAAGUCAUCGUUGAUCAACAGUAUUCUUGGUCAGUUGCGAAUACAAAAUGGGACGAUUGGUUUGUCCGGCACACUAGCUUACGUUCCCCAGCAAGCAUGGAUAUUUCAUGAAACUGUUCGUGCGAAUAUUUUGUUUGGGUCGCCGUGGGACGAAGAGAAAUACAACAGAGUUGUUGAAUGUUGUUCUCUGUCUUCUGAUUUUGCGAUUCUUCCUGAUAAAGAUCUCACUGAGGUUGGAGAGCGAGGUAUUAACUUAUCUGGUGGACAAAAACAAAGAAUAAGCUUGGCCAGAGCUGCGUACAGCGAACGGGAGAUAGUAUUACUUGACGACCCUUUAUCUGCUGUCGAUGCCCACGUUGGAAAGCACAUUUUCUUCGAAUGCAUUAAGAAAGUUUUAUCAGAGAAAACCGUAGUGUUUGUCACCCACCAACUCCAGUAUUUAAAAGAUUGUGACGAAGUUGUGUUGUUGAAGGAUGGGGUUAUGGCUGAGAGAGGCCACCAUGAUGACCUGAUGAAGAAACAGGAAGAAUACUAUAAUCUUAUUAGUAACUUUUACUUGGAACAAGAACAAGAUAAGAAGCCAGAAGUCGUAGAUACCGAACUUGUGAAGCAAAUAAUCCGGCAAAGAACCCUCAGUGGUGGAUCAUUACCAG